UAUUGAUCUCGAAUCUCCCCCCCGACACCCUCAAGUCCCAACCCAACCCAACGCCUCCCCUUUUUAUAUCUUCUUUGCUCGUCGAAGUCCUUGUCUUUCCUUAUCAUUAUAAGCAUAUGGAUUUGGUGGUCUUAUUCUAAGUGGGAUUUUUUUUCUCUUUUUUAUGAGGUUUUAGUUUGGUUUCGUUUUGGUUAGUGUCGGAGAAAUGAACGUGGAAAGCAUCAAGUAUGCGAACACUUUGUGACGCUUGCGAGAGCGCUGCCGCGAUCCUGUUUUGCGCUGCCGAUGAGGCCGCUCUCUGUCGUUCCUGCGACGAAAAGGUUCACAUGUGUAAUAAGCUCGCUAGCCGGCAUGUACGGGUUGGUCUUGCAAAUCCCAGUGAUGUUCCCCGCUGUGACAUCUGCGAAAAUGCACCUGCUUUCUUUUACUGUGAGGUAGAUGGGAGUUCCCUUUGCUUGCCAUGUGACAUGAGUGUUCAUGUUGGAGGGAAAAGAAGCCAUGGAAGAUAUCUUCUGUUAAGGCAGAGAGUUGAGUUUCCAGGAGAUAAACCUGGUGUUCUUGAAAAGUCAGCUUUGCAACCUGUGGAUUCAGCUUUGCCACCUAUAUUGACAGUGGGAGAUCAGAACCAGCAAAAUCACAGGGCCUCUCCAGUUCCAAUUUCAGAUGCUAGUGCUGAUGGGCGACUAAAUAUGGAUAAAAUGAUUGAUUUGAACACAAAGCCUUGACAAAUGUUGCAUGUACAUGAUCUACCGUUACUGAUCUUUAAUUUAUUUAGUUUGCUUGGUUUUAACA